AUGAUCACCUAUUUAACAGUGCAAGCAUGGAUGCGUAUUCUCAUCUGUUUCUUUUCCAUUUACCGAAAAUCAUUUGGAAGAUUAAUCUUUCAAGCAAAAUUCAUGAAUCGAAAACAAUCAUCUGCAUCCAUGGUUUGGAAUUAUUUGGUACGGAGAGGUUUAGAAAACAAUUUUAAAAAAGUUUCCGAAUUACGAGAAUAUACAAGGAAGAGCAAAUCAACGUUUUAUCCUCCUCUGAAAUCUCCCUUGCUGGGUUGUGUGAGCAAAAUGGAAGAAGUGAAUGAAUUGAGAAAAUCUUUCUGGUUUACCAUGAAAGGUUGUGAAUUCAAGGAAAAUCAACAUUCUCAGCCAAAUGGGCGUCACAAUCCAAAAGUCAUGAUGUUUAUUCAUGGAGGAGGAUAUGUGAGUGGUGGUGCUCUGGGAAUGGAAGCUCAAGCUAUGCUGUUUGCCGUACGCGAUUAUAACAUGAUGGCACAAAAAUCAUCAAAUCCUAUCUGUAGUCAUGUCUUGUCCGUGGAGCAUCGUUUGUUGGCAGAUCCUGACGAAUAUAGUACAAUGGAUCGAAAUUUACUAACCAACUCGAUGGCAGAUCAAAUUGAAGAUUGUUUACAAUGUUUGAAGUGGUUGGUCUAUGACAAGCACAUUCCUCCAAGAGAUAUUGUUUUAGUUGGAAAUUCAUCUGGAGCUGCCUUAAUUGUGAACAUGAUUUUACUAAGGUUGAUUGGCUCCAAUGAUACAUCUGGAAGAAGAGAUCAUCACGUUGAAGACCAACAAACAUCAUUGUCAAAACAUGAAGAAUUAUGGCCUGUUCAUUCAGUGGCUCUCUUUUCAACUUCAUGUGACAUUUCAAGAACGAUUAUUCAUAAAGAUUUGGUGAAGGAGAAUCUAAUUGUAGCCAUUCCAACCAAUCUUCAGCAAAUGUUUGAAAAAUGUCUACCUCCCGAAGACAAGAGGCGAUACUCGGUUUUGAAAAAUUUACUGGAAAUGGAAAAGACAGAUCAACAAUUGUAUCAAAAACUCUUCCAAUCCAAAUGGGUCAUUAAUUACAGCAAGCAUGAAGAAUUGUCACCUGGCAAUGAUUAUUUUGUGAAUUUAUUGAAACAACAUGUCGAUAGCCAAAGCGAGGACAAGUUGAAAGUGAUCACCAAAGAUUAUCAAAUGCAUUGUUACUCUAUUGGGUAUAGUAUAGUUCCUGAAGCAAGAAUUGGAGUUCAACAAAGUUUGGAAGCAUGCAUUCCAUAA